AUGGUGAAUGAGGAUGAAGAAGGGACUUCUCAGCAGGGAGGCUCUAAGCUCGCAGAACCAUCUGGGAUGCCACCUGGAAGUUGCGAGAGCCAAGUUUCCCUGGACCUUAAAGUAGAAGAAGACAGCAGUGAGAGCAGCUCAGAGACAGAACAGGGGAAGUCCAUGAAGCAGGAGGAGAAUAAAUAUUUCCCUAGCAAUGGAGAUGUUCCAGUGAGUGAAACUGCAGCUGUUUAUCCAACGCAGACACAGUACAUUUGUCCUGUCUGUGGGGAGUGCUUCAAUGGGAGCUUAUGCCUUGUUGAGCAUCAGAAAGGGCAUGCAGAAGAGAAACCAUAUAUAUGUCCUGUGUGUGGAAAAGGCUGCAGCCAGCAAGUGGACUUGGUUGACCACAUGCAGAUCCACACUGACGAGAAGCCAUUUACUUGCCUGGAAUGUGGAAAAAACUUCCUGUUCAGUUCAGACCUUGUGUCCCACCAGAGAGUCCACACAGGAGAGAAACCCUACAUCUGCCUGGAAUGUGGGAAAGGCUUCUCCCAGAGUUCACAGCUCAUGUCUCACCGGAGAGUCCACACUGGGGAGAAGCCCUACGAAUGCAUCAUCUGUGAGAAGAGUUUCAGGUCCAACUAUGACCUGGUCAACCACCAGAGAAGCCACACUGGAGAGAAGCCCUACAUCUGCUCCGACUGUGGGAAAAGCUUCACCCGGAGCUCGCACCUGAUCUCACAUCAACGAGUCCACACGGGGGAAAGGCCCUAUCCCUGCGGCAUCUGUGGGAAGCGUUUCCGUGACUGCUCACACCUGAUUAGGCAUCAGAGGGUCCACACUGGCGAGAAACCUUACGAAUGUUCCAUUUGUGGGAAAAGCUUCCGGGUCAACUACGACUUGGUUACCCAUCAGAGAAACCACACGGGAGAAAAGCCAUACGAAUGCCCCGAUUGCGGGAAGGGCUUCAAGCGCAGCUCGCAUCUGAUCUGCCAUCAGAGAGUCCACACGGGAGAAAGGCCCUAUCCUUGUGGCAUAUGCGGGAAGAGUUUCAGUUACAGCUCAGACCUUAUUAAGCACCAGAGAAUCCACACAGGCGAGAAGCCUUAUGAAUGUCACAUCUGUGGCAAGAGCUUCCGUAUCAACGCUGACCUGGUUACCCACCAGAGAAUCCACACAGGGGAGAAGCCCUACACCUGCCCCGACUGUGGGAAGUGCUUUGCUCGGAGCUCACGCCUUGUAUCCCAUCAAAGAGUCCACGUGAAGGAUGGAAGCCUGGGAAUAACUGUUUUUAAACCGGACCCCUUGCCUGUACCGACAACCAGGUCACAAGCUGCUGAUGGCAACUGGGGUCAGGAGAAGGGGGUGGCACCCUCCGAUAAGCAGAGUAGCGCCCCUGAUAAUUCUACUCACCAGCUCUGUGACAAAGCUACAGCUACCCACUUGCCUGAAGUAAAAGUAGAGUGUCCCGAUUCCUGA